AUGGUUUCAGGCGAUGAGGAUGACUCAGCGGCAAAGUUAGCUACACUAAAGCAGCAACGCUCAACUGCUCGCAAAAAUAUAACAAGAAUAAAAAACUUGUUGGACAAUACCUCCACUACGUGGAACGUUAUAGAUUUAGAAUGCAGGCUAGAAAUUUUGAGCUCAUAUAUAAAGCAAAUAAUGGCUUAUCAAACGGAGAUUGAGAAAGAGGACCCUAGUGAUGAUAGGAGGGGUGACAUUGAAGAGUCGUGCAUUAGUGCAAAAACAAAACUCUUGCAGCUUUUGGGGCAGCAUAAGCGACGCGAGAGCUCAGCUUUGGAAACGACGUUCGUUUCUGGUCGGUACAAGCAAGGCAACGGCAUUGAAACCGGAGCGUGCAAUAUAGCAAAUGAAAUUACCGACGCAUCAUUGGUAUCUUUGGAUGAGACUGUGAGAAAAUUUUGGGAAAUUGAAGAAAGCCCAGGGGUUGAAAGGAAUACCUGUAAGGAGUUUACUGAUUGCGAAAACCAUUUUGUGGAAAAUACGCAAUUGCUGCCAAAGGGUCGUUUCCAAGUUCGUCUACCAUUCAAGAGAGAUCCGUCGGAGCUUGGAUCAUCCUAUGACGUAGCAAAACGAAGAUACCUAUCUCUUGAACGUAGACUUGCAAAGACCCCUGAUACAAAAAAAAUGUACGAUGAGUUUAUGUUGGAGUAUUUGUCUCUAGGGCAUAUGACGGAAGUCAAGAACAUUGUCCCAUCUAGCCCACACUAUUUUAUACCUCAUCAAGUCGUGAUGAGAUUAGACAGCUUAACCACAAAGUUAAGAGUCGUUUUUGAUGCGUCAGCAAAAACCUCCACACAUAAAUCUCUUAACGAAAUGUUGAUGGUCGGCCCCACUAUCCAACCAGAAUUAUAUAUUACGCUGCUAAAGUUUCGUUGUCGAAAAUUUGCAAUUACGGCUGACAUUACAAAAAUGUACAGGCAAGUGGAAGUGCAUGAAGAAGAUAGAAAGUUCCAAAUGAUUUUGUGGCGAGAAACAGUGAAUAUGCCAAUAAAGGUUUACGAGCUCAAUACAGUCACAUAUGGUACAUCUCCAGCACCAUUCUUGGCUAUAAGAUGUCUGGACGAGUUGGGACAAAUAAAUCGACUUAAUAUGCCUGUUGGUUCUAGGGUGAUCCAAGAAGAUUUUUAUGUAGAUGAUUUAUUGUCAGGUGGCGAAACCUUAGAGGAAAUUAUGCAAAUACAAACUGAAGUAGUAAAAAUUCUUGCCUCAGCUGGAUUCAAGCUAGCAAAAUGGUAUUCGAACCAUGAUUUCCUAGAAAGUAAUAGCAUUUCGGAAAAAACAAUAUCUCUGAACGAUACUGAAACAACAAAGACUUUAGGAAUCAUUUGGCAUCCUAAACUUGACGAAUUUCGGUUUAGCUGUAGUAACGAUUUUAAUAAUUUACAUCCCACUAAGCGCAACAUAUUGUCAGUGUCAUCUCGACUUUUCGACCCAUUAGGACUGCUAUGUCCAAUCAUAACAAAAGCAAAAAUGAUUUUGCAGGAGCUAUGGCUUCACAAAUUGGAAUGGGACGAAUCAAUUCCGAUGUCGCUGGCUACAAGCUGGGAUAAUUUUAAAGAAAAUAUUAAACGAAUUCCCGAAAUACGCAUUCCUCGUUUUGUUAACAUUUUGUCGUCGUCGAAAAUACAAGUACAUGGUUUCGCAGAUGCAUCCAUGCGCGCUUAUGGUUGUUGUAUUUAUAUUCGUAGCGGUUACAAAAAUAAUUAUAAAUCUAUACUUCUUACAGCCAAGUCGAAGGUCGCUCCACUAAAAACGAAAACCCUACCGAGGCUUGAGUUAUGCGCUGUGCACUUACUGGCGAAGUUGUGGAAAAAUAUAGCGCCAAUAUUACUCCCAAAUACCGAGAAAACUGUAUUUUGGACUGACUCGGAAAUAGUGUUAUAUUGGCUGAAAAAACAUCCAUCCACAUUAUCAGUUUUCGUUGGGAAUAGAGUAGCGGAUGUUCAGGAAUGGACAGAAAAUGUAAUUUGGAAACAUGUACCAACCGCUCAUAACCCAGCCGAUAUUGCCUCCAGAAGUUGCACUGUGGAUGAAAUGCGUCAAUCAAUAUGGUUUAACGGGCCCAGAUUUUUAACGCAAGGCGAAGAUAAUUGGCCAAAUAACCCGCAUUUCAAACCGCCGGAGGAUAUGGAGAACCUGGAAAUUAGAAAAGCCAAGCCUUUAGUACUUUUAUCAUCGAAAAAGUCUUGUAUCAUAAACACCCUAAUAGAAAAUUGUUCGACUUACUUAAAAAUUGUAAGAAUACUUGCCUAUGUAUAUAGAUUUCUCAGUCCAACAGAAAAAGAGCCUCAAAUUACCGCCAACGAACUUGAAAUGUCGUUCUUAAAAAUUGUCGAAGUAAUACAACAUGAAGAGUUCGAAAAUGAAAUUAAAUGCCUAAAAAAUUCGUCGUCGGUAAAUAAGCAGAUUCAAAAACUCAAUCCGUUCGUCCAAGAAUGUAACGAAGGCAAUAGAAAUUUUACAUUACUCCGAGUUUAUCGGAAGGAGAGGCUUGCCGCACAAGGUCGUCUGCGACAACGCAACAAAUUUCGUGGGAGCCAAUGCCAAGAUGAAGGAACUUCACGACGUAUUUUUCAACGAGGUCAGCAGAAAGCAGAUGCACCCACAAAAUUUAAAUCAAAUGUUAUUGAUACAUACGCAUCAACGGGCCCAGAAUGUUUGGCCAGCAUUGAAUUGUCACUAAUUAGUCGUACUGUAUUUAGUACAAAACACUCAGCGUAA